GUCUGUCCAGUGGCUGCAGUUGGUCGCAUGAACGUUUCCCCCCAGACUCGAGACUAAAGGAUGAAAUGAGGUGCAGAGCUGAAGAGCUGAAGGAAUGGGCGAGUAAAGACAGACGAAAGACGCACACGGAGAGCGCGGUGAGCCAUCUGACUGACUCUACGACAAGAUCCGAGUGAAGCCUGACCAUCACAAGACGCGCGAAUUCGGAUCACAUUUAGAUCAAGCGGAUUUCAUUGAAACGAAUGGUGUGAAAGGUGCAGGGCAAGCAUCACUCACACGGCUAUAAGGAUGCGGGUGUCGGGAUCGAGGAUUAAGCUGUGGUGUCCGCUUAUCUCGCUGGCACUGAUUCAGUUUCUUACCCCUGUUUCGGCUCAAGUUCCAGCUCCAAGAAGACUUCGAUUUAAAGUUCUGAGUGCAGGCAGGCUACUUGUCUCAUGGAAGGAACCAAAAGGAGAAUAUGAUGGCUACAAAUUUAUAUAUAAUAGUGAACCAGGUGGGGAAACAAGCGAGUUGCAAAUUGCAAGGGGAGAGAAUAAAGCAAUAAUAAAGGAUUUUAAUCCCAGGAAGGAGUAUUCAGUCAAGGUUAUAGCUGUGAGUGGAAACCUGCACAGCCGAGCACUUCAGGGAAAAUAUACUGCAGAAGACCAGAGCAGUGAUGGAGACACCACUCAGUCUCAAAGACUGAAAGAACCAGGACCUGUGGAAGAGGGAAAUGAGAUCUCAGGAGUGGAUCAGUUUGUCUGCACAACUUCUGCAAUUGCGGAUAUUGUCAUCCUGGUCGAUGGAUCUUGGAGUAUUGGGCGAAUCAAUUUCCGUCUGGUUCGCAUGUUCCUUGAAAACCUGGUCAGUGCCUUCGAUGUGGGAAUAGACAAAACCCGGAUUGGACUGGCCCAGUACAGCGGGGAUCCACGAAUUGAGUGGCACUUGAAUGGCUUCAGCACAAAAGAUGCAGUAAUAGAUGCUGUCAAAAACCUGCCAUACAAGGGAGGCAACACUCUCACAGGUCUUGCUCUUACCUACAUCCUGGAGAACAGCUUCAAACCUGAGUCUGGGGCUCGUAGCAAUGUUCCCAAAAUUGGAAUUCUGAUAACUGACGGCAAAUCCCAGGAUGAUGUUAUCCCUCCUGCUCAGACCCUGAGAAGUGCUGGAGUCGAGUUAUUUGCCAUUGGUGUGAAGAAUGCUGAUGAGAACGAGCUGAAGGCCAUCGCCUCUGAACCAGAGGAAACACACGUUUAUAAUGUGGCAGACUUCAGUAUCAUGAGCACUAUAGUGGAUGGGCUGACCAAUAAGGUGUGUGAUGGAGUGGAGCAACAAGACAAAGAAAUUAAACGAGAUUCUUCCACUGAAGAGACGGCGUCUCCACCCCAAGACUUGGUCACUUCUGAGGUGACUGCACACAGUUUUCGAGUGACCUGGACUCAUACGCCUGGCAGUGUGGAAAAAUAUCGAGUUGUUUACCAUCCAACCGGGGCAGAUAUUCUGGAAGAGAUUGUGGUGGGUGGCACGAAGAAAUCAGUCGUCUUGCAGAAUUUGAACUCUCUGACUGAAUACGAGAUUGCUGUGUUCGCUGUGUACCGCAGCGCAGCAAGUGACGCUCUGAGAGGCAGCGAGAUCACGCUGGCUCUGCCAACAGUGAGUGAUCUCAAGGUGUACGAUGUGACAGACAACAGCAUGAGAGCCCGCUGGAGGGAUGCAGAAGGGGCUUCUGGGUACAUGAUCCUUUACGCUCCACUGAGCAGUGAGACUACAGAUGAAAGAGAGCUAAAGGUGGAUGAGUCGGUGACUGAUGUGGAACUGACUGGAUUGAUUCCUGACUCAGAGUACACCGUUACAGUCUAUGCCAUGUUCGGAGAGGAGGCCAGUGAUCCCGCUACUGUUCAGGAGACCACCAUGUCCCUGAGACCUCCACAUAACCUGUGGGUCACUGAAGUUGACCACAGCUCUGUGCGACUCAACUGGGACGCAGCAUCCAGUAAGGUUAAGGGCUACCGUGUCAUGUAUAUGAAGACAGAUGGUGUCCAGACCAGUGAGGUGGAUUUGGGUCCAGUCACCAAUGUGUACCUGAAGAACCUGUCACCCUUAACAGAGUACACCGUUGCAGUUUUUGCUCUCUACAAUGCCGGCCAAUCAGAGGCACUCAGUGGUGGAUUCACUACAAAGCUUGUGCCGGCCCCGUUCAGCCUGAUGACAUCAGAGGUGACCUCAGAGAGUUUCCGGGUCAGCUGGUCACAUCCUGCCAGGGAUGUGGUGCUCUAUAAGAUGAACUGGUCACCCACUGAAGGAGGAGAAGAGAGAGAGAUGAUGCUGGAUGGAGCUGUGGACUCAUAUGUGAUUCAAAACAUGAGUCCUUUUACAGAGUAUAAGGUGUCACUGUCAGCCAUCUAUAAAGACGAAACGGAGAGCAGCGUUGUGGUUGUGCUCGAGAAUACAUUGGGCUGGACCACAGAAGUUCCCACCACUUUCCCCUCCACUACAGCAUUUGUUCAUCUGGGAGUGAGUAACCUGUGGGUGGAUGAGGAGACCCCCUUCAGUAUGCAAGUGAACUGGGAGGUGCUGGACUCAGACGUGGAGCAGUACAAAGUGACAUAUGUCAGUGCAGACCGCACAGAAGAGACAGUGUUAGUCUCGGGAAACAGAAGAAGCGUAACCCUGCAACCUCUCCUCUCAGACACGAGGUACAAGAUCACAGUGACCCCUUUUUAUGCAGAUGGAGAGUCCACAGCUCUGGCCAUGGCCUCAACCGGCAAAACAAUUCCACUUUCUGGACCCAGUAACCUUAGGGUGUCUGAUGAAUGGUAUAAUCGCUUCCGCAUCAGCUGGGACAGCCCUCAGUUCCCUACUAUGGGUUACAGAGUCAUCUACCAGCCCAUCUCUGUGCCAGGUCCGGCUCUAGAGACGUUUGUAGGGGAUGAUGUGAACACCCUGCUGAUCCUCAGUCUGUUGAGCGACACGGAGUACAGCGUUCAGGUCAUCGCCUCCUACACCACCGGCUCCAGCCAACCCCUCACCAGCAAGGGCAAAACAUUGUUUCUGGGGGUGAACCGUCUCAGCACAUACCAGGUGCUCAGUAGCAGCAUGUGUGCCCAGUGGCAACCUCACCGCCACGCCACCGUCUACAGAGUAGUCAUUGAGUCACUGCUUACUCCAGCACCCACCCAGCCACCGACCGCACCACCCACCACGAUCCCUCCUCCCACCAUCCCCCCUGCCAAAGAAGUUUGCAAAGCAGCCAAGGCAGACCUGGCCUUCCUUGUAGAUGGCUCCUGGAGUAUUGGAGAUGACAACUUUCAGAAGAUUAUCCGUUUCCUAUACAGCACAACUGGUGCACUUGAUGUGAUUGGCCCAGAGGGAACACAGGUGGCCAUUGUUCAAUUCAGUGAUGACGCCAGGACUGAGUUCAAGCUCAGCUCCUACAGCGAUAAGGAGGCUCUGCUGGACGCCGUGCAGCGCAUCACCUACAAGGGAGGAAACACCAAGACAGGCAUGUAUCUCAAUCCUCAGACUUGCCCCUCGAUGUUGAUGAGCGGAAACACUUUAGCUGGUUUCCGUAUGAUGGAGAUGUUUGGUUUGGUCGAGAAGCACUACAGCAAUGUGCAAGGUGUCUCACUGGAGCCUGGGACUUUCAACAGCUACCCCUGCUACCGGUUGCACAAGGACGCCCUCGUCUCCCAGCCUACCAGGUAUCUACAUCCAGAAGGCCUUCCCUCUGACUACACUAUAUCUAUGCUGUUCCGCAUACUGCCUGAAACUCCUCAGGAACCUUUUGCAUUGUGGGAAAUCCUUGACAAAAACAAUGAGCCACUGGUGGGCAUUAUCCUGGAUAACGGAGGGAAAACAUUAACCUUCUUCAAUUCCGACUACAAGGGAGAAUUUCAAACGGUGACUUUCGAAGGAAGUGAAAUUAAGAAGAUUUUCUAUGGCAGUUUCCAUAAGCUUCAUGUGGCCAUCAGCAAAACCGCUGCUAAAGUGGUGAUUGACUGCAAAACGGUGGGAGAGAAAUCCAUCAAUGCUGCAGGGAACAUCACCAUUGAUGGAGUGGAGAUUCUGGGACGCAUGGUCCACUCGCGUGGAAGGAGAGAUAACUCAGCGCCGUUUCAGCUCCAGAUGUUUGACAUAGUCUGCAGUACAUCAUGGGCCAGUCGGGAUAAGUGCUGUGAGCUUCCAGGCUUGAGAGUAGAAGAGGACUGCCCUGCCAUGCCCCAUGCCUGCACCUGUGCUCAGGAUAGCAAAGGACCACCUGGACCCUCAGGACCCCCGGGCGGUCCUGGUAUCAGAGGUUCAAGAGGAGAUCGGGGGGAGCCAGGCUUGACGGAGACUGCCGGGCAUUCACACUUUGUUUCAGCAGCCCGGCUGGUGGGGCCUCAAGGGCCACCUGGUGAGAUUGGAUCUCCAGGACCGCAGGGACCACCGGGUCCUCAGGGGCCGAAUGGACUGUCCAUUCAGGGGUCACCGGGGGCUCCAGGAGAGAAAGGAGAGAAGGGUGAAAUUGGUCUGCCAGGUCCUCAGGGUGUACCAGGUGCCAGUGGAGGACCAGGCCGAGAUGGACCUCCAGGACAGAGAGGCCUACUGGGUAAAGAUGGACCCCAGGGACGACAGGGUCCUCCAGGACCAAUGGGAAGCCCUGGAGCUCCUGGGGCUCCAGGACCAAGUGGAUCGCCAGGGCAAAUUGGUGAUCAGGGGCCACCUGGGCCUCCCGGCACCAAAGGCGAACGAGGAGAGAGAGGUGACAUGCAGUCUCAGGCCGCUGUCCGUGCCAUAGCACGACAAGUUUGUGAACAGCUAAUUCAGAGUCACUUGUCUCGCUACAACUCUAUUUUGAACCAGAUUCCCAGUCAGUCUGUUUCAGUACGAACAGUACCAGGUCCACCGGGUGAGCCUGGUCGGUCAGGACCUCCGGGGCCACAGGGAGAGCAGGGUCCUGCUGGCAGACCAGGAUUCCCUGGAGCCAGUGGGCAAAAUGGCCGCCCAGGAGAGAGAGGUCUCCCAGGAGAAAGAGGAGAGAAGGGCAGUCCAGGGAUAGGGACACAAGGUCCUCGUGGUCCUCCAGGGCCUCCAGGGUCUCCUGGAGAAGGUCGGACAGGAAGUCAGGGCCCUCCAGGGAGACCUGGAAUUCAAGGCACCUCAGGACGUCCAGGUAUCCCUGGUAGCCCUGGUCCUGCAGGAUCCCCCGGCUACUGCGACCAGAACUCCUGCCUCAGAUACAACGUUGGAGAUGGCAACCGAUCUAAUUCCCCCAUGUUCCCAUAGUACAACAGUUACCCUCCA